AAAGAUACAUACACAGAAAUACUUAAACACAAAACCCCUCUCUCAUUUUUAUUUUCUUUCUCUUAUUUAUUUUUAUUAAUUUUUCUCUCUCCUCUGUAGAACUGAGGAAGCUUUGGUUUGGAGAACUUUCAGGGACUAAACUCAAACCGAAGCUCAACGAAGCUCACGCCAAAUCUUCAAGACUCAUUUCAGUGUGAUUCUGUACCGGGUUUGUGCUGUUCUACCAUUUCCUUGAUUUAUCUGAACAUAGCAGAGAUUAAACGUUGUUAGCUUCCUCUUUUGCUCUUGUUAGCUGUGUAUACUGAAACUGGUGGGUUCUGAAUCACUGCUACUGAAUCGUAUCAAUGGAACACAAUCUAGGUCAAGGCAAUGUUCCUCCACCUGGGUCUAUUGAUAAGUCUAGGGUUUUGAAUGUUAAGCCACUGAGAACUCUUGUUCCUGUGUUUCCUUCGCCAUCAAAUCCCUCUUCCUCUUCAAAUCCACAAGGUGGAGCACCCUUUGUUUGCGUUUCUCCUUCUGGUCCUUUCCCCUCUGGCGUUGCGCCGUUUUACCCGUUCUUCAUCUCCCCGGAGUCGCAGAGGCUAUCUGAACAGAAUGCACAAACCGCACAAACCCCGGCUCCUCAACGUGUGGGCCCAAUAUCGGCCGCAGUUCCAAUUAAUUCAUUUAGGACGCCAAAUGGAGAUGUGGGUUCAUCACGAAAAAAUAGCAGAACUCGUGGACAGUUAACAGAUGAAGAUGCCUAUGCUGAGGUGCAGGACGUUGAUGCUGAAGAUGGAACGGGGGAAGGGAGGCGCACUAAACAGAAGAAACCAAGGGGACGGCGUCCUGGAGGUACUGCAGUGGUUGAUCUGGAUCAAGUGGCUAAUGAUAUUCUCAAUUCAAUUAAUCCUAUUGUCUUUGAUGUUCUAAAACAACCUGAUGGUAGUAGGGAUGCAGUUACAUAUACACUUAUGAUAUAUGAAGUUAUGCGAAGAAAGCUUGGACAAGUUGAAGAGACAUCAAGGGAUAUUGCUGGAGCAAAGCGGCCUGAUCUGAAGGCUGGCAACAUUAUGAUGACCAAGGGGAUUAGGGCAAAUAGCAAGAAACGUAUUGGAGGUGUGCCUGGUGUUGAAAUUGGGGAUAUCUUCUUUUUCAGAUUUGAAUUGUGCCUCGUUGGAUUACACUCUCCAUCUAUGGCUGGAAUUGAUUACAUUGGUUCCAAAACCAGUCAAGAGGAAGAACCACUAGCUGUCAGUAUUGUCUCUUCUGGAGGAUAUGAAGAUAAUGCAGAGGAUGGUGAUGUGUUGAUUUACAGUGGCCAAGGUGGGGCUAAUCGGGAGAAAGGAGCAAGUGACCAAAAGCUUGAAAGGGGUAAUCUUGCACUGGAAAAGAGCUUGCAUAGAGGUAAUGAUGUGAGAGUAAUUAAGGGUUUGAGAGAUGAAGCACAUCCAACUGGUAAGGUAUAUGUCUAUGAUGGCCUUUACAAGAUCCAGGAUUCGUGGGUAGAGAAAGCAAAAUCUGGUUUCAAUGUAUUCAAAUAUAAAUUAGCUAGGUUGCCCGGGCAGCCUGCAGCAUAUAUGAUAUGGAAAUCCAUUCAACAGUGGACUGAUAAAACUGUAACAAGAACUGGAGUUAUAUUGCCUGAUCUUACUUCCGGGGCAGAAAAUCUACCUGUUUGUCUUGUGAAUGAUGUUGAUAAUGAGAAAGGCCCUGCAUAUUUUACUUACUCCCCAUCUGUCAAGAAUUUGAAGCCAACUGCCCCUUUGGAAUCUUCUGGUGGAUGUUCUUGUACUGGUGGAUGCCAAGCUAUCAACCAUAACUGUCCUUGUAUUCAAAAGAACGGAGGUUAUCUCCAAUAUUCUGCAAAUGGGAUGCUUGCUGAUCUGAAGUCUGUGAUAUAUGAGUGUGGUCCUUCCUGUCAGUGCCCUCCUAAUUGCCGGAACAGGAUUUCCCAAGGUGGCUUGAAAUUUCGUUUGGAGGUGUUCAAAACUAAGGAUAAAGGGUGGGGUCUAAGGUCUUGGGAUCCUAUUCGUGCAGGAACUUUCAUAUGCGAGUAUGCUGGGGAAGUCAUAGAUAAUGCUAAAGUUGAUGAGUUUAGCAGUGAAAAUGAAGAUGAUUACAUUUUCGAUUCUACUCGUAUUUAUCCGCAACUGGAAAUUUUCCCAGCUGAUACUGAAGCUCCAAAGAUCCCUUCCCCUCUCUAUAUAUCAGCAAAAAAUGAAGGGAAUGUGGCUCGGUUUAUGAAUCACAGCUGCUCCCCAAAUGUAUUGUGGCGUCCAGUUAUACGGGAAAAUAAGAAUGAAUCUGAUCUCCACAUUGCUUUCUAUGCAAUUAGACAUAUUCCUCCUAUGAUGGAGUUAACUUAUGACUAUGGAACAGUUCUUCCUCUCAAAGGAGGCCAGAAGAAAAAGAAAUGCUUUUGUGGGUCUGCAAAAUGCAGGGGUUACUUUUGUUAGUUGUCUGAUGAGUUUUGGAUGAGAUGGCACCUGAUCAAUUAGACUAAAGGAUAAGCUCUUGCUGUGGCAGAAAGAAGGAAGAAACUUUCAGUAGACUACAUGAUGAACUCGUAGACGUUUUGGUUAUCCAUUCAUCUUGUGAAGUAUGGAAUGUAGGAAGAUGUUAGAACUUAGAAGACAACUUAUUCCUUUUUGGCAAUUGUAGUGAACGGCAUUAGAAAUAUCAGGUUAUUUUCUUACUAAUGUGUUGAAGUUAUUAAAAAAAAUUAACUGUAAGACACAAGCUUUUUAUGUAAUUUAUUUUCUUUUCUCCCUUUAGAUUGCUGUUUUUAUUACUCUUGGGAAGGAUUUUGAGUAGGGCUUUUUGUCCAUAUUGGUAAGGAUGAACCUUGACAUAUUUAGUCUGUUGCCAUCAUUUUCAUGAUA